AUUGUGUGUACAUAUGGCUGUCUAUGGGGUGGGGCUGUGCAUGAGUGUACGCACCCAAGGAGGCCAGAAGAGGGCGCUGGAUCUCCAGGAGCUGAAAUUACAUUGCUAAUAGGUGCUAAGAACCAAACCCAGUUCCUCUGGAAGAGCUGGACCUGCUCUUCACUGCUGGGCUAUCUCAUCCUCUAAUAAGCCAUAAGCCGGGGACACUUCACUCUCUACACGGUCUGUCGUGUGAAACGUCUCUGAGAGACUUCCUCCAGUCCUUACUUUGGUUUUAUUUCUGAGACACGGUCUUGCUAUGCAAUCUUGGCUGGCCUGGUCUAAAACUCCUUGUAUAGCCCAGGCUGGCCACAGACUUGCAGCAGUACUGUAUCUGCCACCAAAAUGCUAAGGAACCCUUUAGCGUGAAGAGUUUUCUGCCACUGCAUGCUCUGGAGCAACCUGUGGAUUGCAGUCGCGUUCCUCAUGAAUGGAGGUGAGAUUGCCCUCAGUAAGUUGCUGAAGCUACAGAUGUGUGGUCUGUGACAUGGGUCAGCACUCCUAUGAUCAGCCGUUUUCCCAAACCUGAGUGUGCUCGACACUAACUUUAUUUCUCAUGUCGUAAUCUUCUCUUUGCUGCCCUUUCGUUGUCUUGGCCAGUUUGUUCUCUCCCUUACUUUAUGUGUACUGUAUACUUCCACUGAGCUACACGCCCAGACGCCCUUUCUUUUAAUUAUCCGAUUCCAUAGGAAACCAAUGUUGGUUUAUUCCUAGGAAACAAGGAAGCUUAUCAUGGGAAACAGGGUUUCUCUGUGUAGUCCUGGCUGUCUUGGGACUCAUUCUGUAGACCAGACGAGUCUCAACUCCGAGAUCUUCCUGCCUCUGCCUCCCAAGUGCUGGGGUUAAAGGGGUACUACCACUAUAGGGGUUCAGACGCUGGAACGAAACAGCUGAGGUGCAUAUUUUACAUCCCAAAGCAGACCAGGCCUCCAGGUUCUCCCAUCAUCCCUCAGUCCCUACCUGGCAUACUCCACUCCUAACCCUAACUUUCCAGCCCAGGAGCUGCGGUGCCCUUCCCCCAGAGACUCUUCUAUAUAAUCCAGACAUUUUGGUUUCUUCUCUCUUCUCCUUUCUGUCUCUCCCUGCCUCUCCUCUGUCUCCCUCCCCAAGAUGACUUCCCUGGCCUCCUUCCUUGGGGCCAGUGAAUUUGCCCACCCAAGUGCAGCUUCCCAAUAAACCUGCUUUUAUAUAAAUCUGCAUGAACUGGCUCCUUUUCACUGGUGCAAAAGUAACUUAUCAAGCAGCAUCCAACAUUUAAACUUCUUUAUAAUCUAGGCUGCUGGGUCUGCUGGAAUGUCAACUGUACAGAGGCUGGGUCCCUACUUUGUUCAGAUAGAUCCCAGGAGCCUGAAGUGGGAAUAAUUCCAUGGAGGCUCAGCUGUAGGCUCUGAGUAAGUAUUUGAUGAAUGAGUAAAAAAAUACGACCUCAAAAUCAUAUUUUCUUAUUUUAAAAAAGGGGAAAGUCAACAGUCUGGAAAGUUGUUUAUGAUAAAAGUGGGAAACCACCAAAUUAAUCAAAUUACUUCUUUAAAAUCUGACCCAUCAGCUUAGAAUACCAAUGUCCACACUGACCUUCAAAGCCAGUGGUGGGAAUUCUUUGUGCUUGAAGAAGUUCUCGCUAAUGAGGUUCCUGCCUAGCAUUUUCUAGUAAAUAAAGCAGUUGCUGCUGCUCUCUGACCUACCACUUCCCCUCUGGGCAAUCGCCAGGCUGAUGUGCAGAAACUAAGUUGGAAGUGCUUUAGUUCCUGCAGUAAGUGGCCAAAGUAGUUUCUUUUCUCAUUUCUUUCUUUUACUCAGUGCUCUAAAAAUAACAAUUCCUCACCACACUGACAAGCCCACAGCCAAAUGGAAUAUUAUGGUGAGGCUUGCAAAUUCCCAAAGAGAGUUCUCUAGCAGACUGUGGGAAGAAUAUCUGUGAGCCGUGAUCCAACUACUGAAAGGUUUCUUUUGUGUCUCAUUGCACAGGAUUGCCUUCUGAGCCUACCCCAUCCCACAUAUAUGCAGCGUGUGCGUGAGUACAGGAUGGACAGACAGACAGACAGACAGACAGACAGACACACACACACACACACACACACACACACACACACACACACACACACAUCCUAUCAACUGGCUGUGAAGGCGAGCCCCUGUAUUUUCAAUUGGUCAUUGCUGCGCACAUAGCACAAGCUGCUUGUUGCUUCCUCACCUGCCCAAAAAGAUGAUUCUCUGAGAUUACGUUAAAAAGCAAUCUGCCUGUUGGGGAGCUCACAGUAGCCCUCGGUCUGGCCAAAGGGCAGCACACGAGAUGGACAAAUACAGUUCUGCCGCUGAUUGGUUCACAGUGAAUAAGCUGUGGUACCUCGCCCACUAUGCUAAUAGCUUUUGUCUACCCUAGCGGCUGAUGCUGGGUGUGGGCAGAAGGAUUUAGCAGAACAGGAGCAAGGUGGGAGAUAGAACAGAGAGCCAUAGCCAUGUGGAGAGACACAGUGGCAGGGAAGUGGGCUUGAGCCUAGAUGGGUAGCUGAGCCUCCUUGUCUUUUUUUUUUUUUAAGAUUUAUUUAUUUAUUAUAUAUAAGUACACUGUAGUUGUCUUCAGACACCCCAGACGAGGGCAUCAGAUCCCAUUACAGAUGGUCAUAAGCCACCAUGUCGUUGCUGGGAAUUGAACUCAGGACCUCUGGAAGAGCAGACAGUUCUCUUAACCACUGAGCCAUCUCUCCAGCUCCUGAGCCUCCUUGUCUUUAUUAUUAAAUCCCAAGCAAGCCCCACCAAGAACCCCCACAACACACACACACAUACACACACACACACACACACACACACACACACACACACACAAGCCUUGGAAAAGAAAUGAAAUGCAAUCACUUAUGAACAGAGAAGAAUAAGGAACUACUCUUUUUCGUUUGGUUUUUGAAAACAGGAUUUCUGUGUAACAGCCCUGGCUGUCCUAGAACUUGCUUUGUCAACCAGGCUGGCCUUGAACUCACAGAGAUCCUCUUGCCUCUGCUUCCCAAGUGCUGGGAUUAAAGAUGUGCACCAUCAUACCUGGCAGAACAACUCGUUUCUAAUUAGCAUUUACAAAGUACCUCCUAUAUACGUGAUAUAUGCUAAUAUGCAUGAAGCUCUCACAGGGAAUUACACAAAUUGAUGUAGAAGGAAACUUGAGAAGAGGUCUCAGUAGCCUGGGCUUUAGGUCUAGUUUUCCUAUCACCAAAUAGAACGUUGAAGGAAAAUUCCAACUAAUUGAAUAGACUUCACUUAGCACAUCUUGGGUCCUGAGAAGAAUGGGACAAAUAAAAUAUUGCCCAUAUCUAGUGUGAUAAAGGGUCAUGAAGGGAUCGGAGAGAUGGCUCAGCGGUUAAGAGCCCUGGCUGCUUUUCCAGAGGUCCUGGGUUCAAUUCCCAGCACCCACAGGAUGGCUCACAAUCAUUUGUAACUCCUGUCCCAGGAAACCCAAUGCUCUCUUCUGGACUCUGUGGAUACCAGGCAUACAUGUAGGCAAAACACUCAUUGCUGGGAAUUGAACUCAGGAACUCUGGAAGAGCAGCCAGUGCUCUUAAUCGCUGAGCCAUCUCUCCAGCCUCCUGCUGUGGGAGUUUGUUUGUUUGUUUGUUUGUUUAUUUUUUGAGACAGUUUCUCCAUGUAGCCCUGGCUGUUUUGGAAAUGCUCAUAUAUUUCAGCCUGACCACAGUUUCCCCUCCCUCUUCUCCUAGUCCCUUCAAAAAAUAAAAUAAAAAAAGCUAAUGUCCCAGAAAUAUCAAUGGGGCACAGCAUAACAAGUCACAAUAAGACUAGGCACAAACCUUAUCAAGGCUGGACAAGGCUACCCAGUAGGGUAAAAAGACUCCAAGAUUCAGAGACACCCCACUCCCACUGUUAGAACACCAAGCUACACAACCAUAACACGUAUGCAGAGGGCCUGACUCAGACCCAUGCAGGGUCCGUGAUUGUCACAUCAGUCUUUGGAGCCCCUAUAAGCCCUGCGUAGUUGAUUCUGUGGGCCGUGUUCUUGUGGUAUCCUUGAUCCCUCUGGCUCCUAUGAUUCCUCAUCUCCCUCUUCCAUGGGGUUUCCCCAAACUAAACUUUUUUUUUUCUUUUUUUUCGGAGCUGGGGACCGAACCCAGGGCCUUAUGCUUGCUAGGCAAGCGCUCUACCACUGAGCUAAAUCCCCAACCCCAGACUUUUUUAAAUAAAUAUUUUAAAUGUUAAUUUCAUUACAUGUUGGCCCUAAGCACCUGCCUUUUUAAUAUUCCAUAUGGUGAAAUUGGAUGACUUGUGUGCAUACAAAAGAAAGAGGACAGUUAGCUCCAAGAAAAGUACUUUCAGGAUGGAGUUUGCAGCUGAAAUGACUGUUUUUCCCCUACAGAAUAUUAUAUUUACUUGAAAUGAAAAGGUGAUUAACAAUUUACAAAAAUAAAGCUAGUCACUUCCAGAAAAAGCCACCAAUAUUUAUUGUCAAUGAUAAUAUUUGAGCUUUUGAAAGGAAGAAUUCCAAAAAGCUUGCAUCGCUCUGAAGUGGGAACUUCUGCUUUCUCCGGGAAGUCAGUUAUGUCAAAGGAUGUUUUCCUGAAGCAGACAUAGGUGAAAGGAUGCCUAGUGUUAUGGACCCAAUGAUGUGGACAACACUGGGUGGUAUUGGUAUGCCUUACCAUUCAUUAAUGGUCAUCAUUUGUAGUGGCGUCAUAGAAAGAAACGCACCAAAAAACUUCUGGUGGUGUUCUGGGGGCUUCCUGCUGCUUCCAUGGACUCACAAGGUGUUUUGCUAAGACAGGCUGAUGUGGUAUUUUGCUGAGGCAAGACUGGUGGAAACCACAGGGGCUUGUUUGCAAAGCUAGCUUGGCAACGCUUCUUGGUCUCUCGUCUUCCUUCAUGUUCAUCUUCACUUCGUUGAGAGAGGGUUGGUAGAGAACUUCUCCUGGCAUCCCUACCGGUCCUGGUGGCUCCUGCUGACUCAUGCUGAUUCAGCUGAGGCCUGGCUGUUCCUGCUAGGUGGUGCCACCACUGCUGCUAUCCCGACACUACUUUACUGGGUUCCUGGUGUAUCUGUGAAGUGUUCGUCAGUGGAUCGAGCUGGCUGACCUGCGAACUGACCUGCUGAUUUCCCGACAAAGCAGAUGGGAUCUGCUCCAAAGACUCAUUUCUAAACAGGUCCACUUCCCCAUAUCCUAACCUUUCUCCUCCACUACCUCUGGUGGGCAGCGUGCUACAGGGGAAGUUAAAGCAUUUAAGAAUGAUUAUUGAAAGCAGAGGUUGAAAAACCAAAGACAACAUCUCUCUUUGUAAACUUGCUUUCCAAUAUUUAAGGACAUUUCUGAUCAGAUGAAUGAUAAUAUUAACACAUGUGAUUCUCAAAUAUUAUGAAAAUAAGUAGCUCUGAGAAAAUCUGCACUACUUGGGGAACUAGUAUUUUAUAAACUGUCAAUAUAUCAUGCUGGAAAAUCAUGUGAGUAAAUGUCCACCCCAAAGUACAAGUAUUCAGAGGUCUUGUGACAGAAGUCUGUAAUUCCAGCUAGGCAGGAGAGGCUCACAAGCUGUAGACCACCCUGGGCCAUUUAGACUCUGUUUCAAAGUAGCUCAUACUUUUUUUUUCUUUCUUUCUUUUUCUUUUUUUCGGAGCUGGGGACUGAACCCAGGGCCUUGCGGUUGCUAGGCAAGCACUCUACCACUGAGCUAAAUCCCCAACCCUGUAGCUCAUACUUUUAAUCCCAGCACUCUCAGACAGACAGACAGACAGGCAGGCAGGCAGGCAGGCAGACAGACAGACAGGCAAGCAGACAGACAGGCAGGCAGGCAGGCAGACAGACAGACAGACGGACGGAUGGACGGACGGACGGACGGACGGAUGCAGAGAAGGCCCAGGCAAGAUGGCUCAGCAGGUAAAGGUACUUGCGUGUUGCCAGCCUGGGAACUUGAACUUGAACCUUGGAACCCACACAUGGAAGGUGUGAACCCUGACUCCCCAGCUUGUCUUCUGGGACAAGUGCCAUGGUGAGCGUGUACCACUAAAUAAAUAGUAAAAUUUUAAAAAGAUUAAAAAGCAUAGAGGCCUUGGAAUGUAGUGAUAAAGCCAUGUUCUACACUUGAUCUUAGCCAAAGGGCCGAGAAGCGAUUAAAGCCAUGUUCUACUUUAAACCCUAAUACUACACACACACACAUACACACACACACCACACACCGGUGACACACCACAUACAUACACACACACACACACACACACACACGCAUGCACAGAUGCACGUGCACACACACACACAAAAGCCCACAAAGUACAAGUAUUGUACGGAAAUAGAAUAUAAAAUACUGAGCUUUUCCCCUGUCACCGCCAAGUUGGCGAAGGCAGAAUCUCGGGAGCGCUCAAGUUGAGGCGUCACCAGUAUCCCACCGCCAUGGCUGAGGAAGGCAUAGCGCCUGGAGCUGUAAUGGACGUCAACACUGCUCUACUAGAAGUGUUGAAGACCGCCCUCAUCCAUGAUGGCCUAGCACAUGGCGUACACGAAGCUGCCAAAGCCUUAGACAAGCGCCAAGCCCUUCUCUGUGUGCUUGCAUCCGACUGUGACAAGGCCGUGUAUGUCAAGUGCGUGGAGGCGCUUUGUGCUGAGCACGAAAUCAACCUGAUAAAGGUUGGUGACAACAAGGAACCAGGGGAAUGGGUAGGCCUCUGUAAAAUCGAUCGAGAGGGGAAGCCACGGAAAGCGGGUGGUUGUAGUUGCCUAGUGACUAAGGACGAUGGCAAAGAAUCUCAGGCCAAUGACGUCAUCGAGGAGUACUCAGAUGCAAGCAAUGAAUAAAUAAAAU